AAUGAUGGAUUUCGAACGAGCAGCUUAUAAUGCUUUUCGGGGUAGCUUUGUCACAACAUCACUUUCAGGAUGUUUUUUUCAUUUACAAAACAGUAUUCAGAGAAAAGUACAAGUAUGUAUUUUAGUGGUUUUUUUUAUUAAUAAUUAUAAUCGAACGCAUGACUAUGUGAUAUAUUUUCUUACGUUUAGGGAUUAGGUUUUAAAACUAAUUACGAAACUGAUCCAAUAUUUGCACACAAUGUACAUAAAAUUAGUGCACUUGCUUUUCUUCCGGUAUCCGAUGUUGGCCAAGGGUUUGAUGAGUUAUACAAUGCAUUACCAUCAUUAUGUCAACCAUUACUUAAUUAUUUUGAAGACACAUAUUUAGGUAGACAUCGACCAACUGGUAGAUCAGAUCCAUUAUUCCCAAUUGAAUUUUGGAAUAUGUAUCAAAGAACAACUGAACUAUCUAUGCGCACAAAUAAUUCAGCUGAAUCAUGGCAUCGUCGUUUAAGUUCUGUUAUGCAAUGUCAACAUCCAUCUCUUUGGUCUUUUAUAACUAGUUUACAAAAUGAAGAACAUUAUAUACAUUGUCAAACAAUCAAACUUAAUGCUGGACAAAAAAUUGCUCCAAAUAAAAAAUAUUUAGAUUAUAGUAAACGUCUUCGUCAUCUUAUAAUGCAUCCUGAAGCAUCACUUCUACAACAAUUAGAUGGACUUGCACAUAAUAUAUAG